AUGAAGAACCCCAACAUGUCUCAUCAUUUUUCAGAUUCAUCUUCUGAUUCGACAAAUGAGCACUUUUGGGAUCUUGUUGAUUCAAAGUCUGAUGAAGAACUAGAAAUGUUGGAAGUGGUUGCUUUGCAAAAGGAACAAGAGAUGUGGAAGGAGAAACGAGUAAACAUCAUGGUGCUGUCCAAGGUCAUGCAUAUAUCGACAGAGGACGACUACAAGGGCACCAAAGACUCUAUGAUGAUUAUUUUGCUGAGAAUCCUAAGUACUCUCUAG